UGCUUUUUCUUUCUUUCCCCAUUUUUUUUUUUAUAUCAAUUUCUGCCCACUGCCAUCCACAAAAUCUUUGAUUCUUAGAGGAAGAGAGAGACAGAGAACUGGAGAGAGAGGGGCCAUGGAAAACAAAAUCGCAGACACAGUACAUCAAAAGGAAGUGUGGGGCCCAAAAGCAUGGACCCACCUAUCAACGGUGAGGCAACGGUCACCGCUCAUCCAGUGCAUCACAAACUUCGUGUCCAUGGAUCUGAUGGCCAACACGCUCUUAUCCGCCGGAGCGUCGCCGGCCAUGAUACACUCCUUGCAAGAGAUCCCAGACUUCACUCCUCACGCUGAUGCGGUCUGCGUCAACGUCGGAACACUCACCGCCGACUGGUUACCGGCCAUGAAGUCCGCCGCCGAGCUGGCCAAUCAAUCGGGUAAGCCCUGGGUUCUCGACCCAGUUGCCGCCGGAGCUUCCGGUUUCCGGUUGAAGGCUUGUCUGGAGCUUGUUGGGCUCAAACCCACUGUUAUUAGAGGAAACGGGUCUGAGAUUAUUGCUCUUUCCAACGCCUCUGUUGGAGCCACUAAGGGUGUAGAUAGCUCCCACGAGUCAACCAGUGCCGUGGAAGCAGCAAAGUCCUUGUCCAAAGCAAGUGGCUGUAUAGUUGCCGUGUCCGGAGCUGUUGAUGUUAUUACAGAUGGGGAACGAGUUAUUGGUGCACAAAAUGGGGUGGCUCUGUUGCAGAAGAUUACAGCGACAGGAUGCUCUGUCACUGCACUCAUUGCAGCCUUUGUUGCAAUUGACCCAUUGCAUGCUUUUGAAGCCACAGUUUCUGCGCUAUCCAUAUUUGGUAUUGCUGGUGAGAUAGGAAUGAACAUGGCUAAAGGUCCGGCUUCACUGCGGAUGCACUUGAUUGAUUCACUCUACGGGCUUGAUCAAGUUACAGUGCUUCGUCAUGUUAACAUUAUUACUUUGCCAUGAUGCAUUGAGAGCUAUAUAAAAGGUGAGCUCUAGACUUGCUCUUUAUACACAGAAAAUUGUCAUACUUCAAGAUGGAGUUGUUGUCAGACUCAGAAAGUGGUGAAGUAGUUGAAAUUCAUAAUUAGUUAUGAGAAUUUCAAUUGCUCUGUUCUAGAUAGUGUAAUAAACUUUUGCUGUUUUUCUGAAGGACACGUGGCAUGGCACGAAGUGUGUGUUUGUAGGGUGUGAUUUACAAAUAAAUGGUAAACUGAUGUAUUCACAACCAUCCUUUCUUUUUUCUUAUUUUCUUUUUCUUUUUAAAUUAUAAAAUUUGAGCUUCUAAAUUGCAA